UGCAAUGUAAGGGAGAGUCUGAGUCAGAAUGAAAGUGAAAUAGAUCUUCUGAUAGCUUUUUGCGAAACUGCAUGGAACCAGUGUUGUGGAUGAGGAGUGAACUAAAGGUAGCCUGCAGGAUGGGAGGAGAGCAAGUGGCAGAUUCAGGCAUCUUGAUGGAGAAGGAUGUGGAGGUCGAGUUAGACUCCGGGUUUUACAUGGAAGCAGAUCCAGAGCUGAGUGAAGCGGGAUGGGUGAGUGCAGGUUCUGAUGAAUGUUCAGACACGGAGGAGCUGGACUGGUUUUUGGUGACAGGACACAUAGAGGAUGAGGAGCGAAGAGAGGGACGCACAGGAGAAGAUGUCGGGAGUCAAACUCAAGAGGAAGGAGAGAUGGAAGCUGACUCUGAGUCAAAUAAAGUUAAAAGUGGAAGGACUGGUGAUCAGACCGAAGAGGUGAAAGAUACACAGGGAGUGUUAGGUGUGUGUUCGUGGUCAGCAGAGGAGAGUGGGGGUCAUGUGCGGAUUUCUCUGGAGGAGGUGGAAAGAUACUACAGAUUUUCACGUUACUGCAGAUGGCUGCAUGAUGAAAUCAUGGAGCUGGACAGCAGCCCUCUCCACGCUGCUGACAUCACCCCUGACCUCAAGAAGCAGUUCGCCUUCCUCUCAGGAGGUAGAGGAGAUAAUGGCAGCCCAAUCAUUGUGUUCCCAGAAUUCCCUGCAUUUGGAGAGAUCACGGACAGAGAGUUUCACAACGUGCUGACCUAUCUGACAAGUGUACCCAGUUUGUCAUCGACAAGCGUGGGUUUCAUCCUGGUCAUUGAUCGCCGGCAAGACCGAUGGGCGGCUGUUAAGGGGACCCUGCUUCGCAUUGCAGGCUCCUUCCCAGGGAACCUCCAGCUGGUUCUGGUUCUGAGGCCCACCGCCCUCCUGCAGCGCACGCUGUCCGACAUCCUCUUCAAGUUCAACAAGGAUGAGUUCAAGAUGAAGGUUCCGGUGAUCAUGCUGAGCUCAGUAACUGAGCUGCACUCCUACAUCGACCGCUCCCAGCUGACCCAGGAACUCGGGGGAAUCCAGGAGUACUGCCAUGAGAAGUGGAUCUCCCACCGCACUGCUAUUGAAGGCUUUGCUCUGAUGGUAAAGAAAACAGCACAGACCCUGCAGUCAUUUGGGACGGAGCUGGCAGAAACUGAACUCCCAAAUGAGAUCCAGGCCACAACCGUCCUGCUCAGCACUCACACCAACAAGAAAGACAAAAUGAAGGAGGAUCUGCUGGUGGCUCUGGGUCAGGGCAAAAGGCUGUUGGAGAGCAUCAAUGAACCUGUAGUACGAGACCCCGACCACAACAUGAACCAGGAUGAGCUGGAGAAUUUAGCCACUGUGCAAAGACUGCUGUCUCAGCUGGACGAGACAGAAAGGGCUUUCGAUGAGUUCUGGGUGCGACAUCAGACCAAAUUGGAGCAGUGUCUCAAACUGCGCCAUUUUGAGCACAACUACAGAGAGGUGAGGGCGCUGCUGGAUCAGGUGUCUGAGAAACUUGUAUCCUUCUCUGAGGUCGGAAUCAGCCCAGCUCACGAUGAGCACAGCUUGUGUGAGCUCACCAGUUAUGAGGAGAGAGUCUGUGAGGUGCUGGACCGAGCCUCAGCUUUGUGUCGUGAGGGCGAUGAACUCAUCCAGAACUCACAUUAUGCUGAAGACUCCAUUCAGCCCAAAUGCAGCGAUCUCAGAGGAAUCAGUGAGAGUGUGAGCGGGAGCCUGAGUGCCAAAAAGGAUCAUCUCCUCAAAGCCAUGGAGCUGCAUCACUGUUUGCAGAGGGCCUGUAAAUGGGUUGAUGAUGGUAUUUACCUGCUGGCGUCUCAGCCGGUCGACAAGUGUCAGUCACAUGAGGGGGCUGAGUUAGCGCUGCAGGAGCUGGAGCGUUAUCUGGAUAACGCAGGCCAGAACCAGCUGACAGACCUCGAUACCAUCUGGAAAGAAUAUGAUGCUGUGCUCAACCAGCAGUUCAAGGACCAAGUGGAGAGGAUUUCCCAGAAGCAGGCGUCCAUGCAAGAGAUGUUUGACAAGAGGAGGGUGAGCCUGAAGAAGCUUGCAGCCAAACAAACCAGACCGGUGCAGCCGGUAGCUCCCAGACCUGAGGCCUUCAUCAAAUCUCCUCUCAGCUCACCUGCUCACAGAGCACAGCAGGAGAAAAACUCCUCAGAGACAGACACUGGGAACAACUGUGAGAAAGAAAACGGCCAACUGCAGAACGGAGACAGUAACAGCCGACAUGCCUCGCUGUCCGAGGAGGAGGAGAACCUGGCUGUUCUCAGGAGACAUGUUAUGAACGAGCUGCUGGAAACUGAGAGAGCCUACGUGGAGGAGCUGCUCUGUGUGUUGCAGGGAUAUGCCUCAGAGAUGGAUAAUCCAGCCAUGUGUGUCCUCAUGCCUGCUCCGCUGCAGAACAAAAAGGAGGUUCUGUUUGGCAACAUGCCUGAAAUUUACCACUUCCACAAGAGGACUUUUCUGCGGGAGCUGGAGCAGUACACCGACUGCCCUGAGCUGGUCGGAAGGUGUUUUCUAGAGAGGAUGACAGAUCUGCAGAUCUAUGAGAAGUACUGUCACAACAAGCCUCGCUCUGAAAGCCUCUGGAGGCAAUGCUCUGACUGCGCCUUCUUCCAGGAGUGUCAGAAAAAGCUGGAGCAUAAACUGGGUUUAGAUUCUUAUUUGCUGAAGCCGGUUCAGAGAAUCACCAAAUAUCAGCUGCUACUGAAGGAAAUGCUGAAGUACAGUAAGGGCUGUGAAGGGGCAGAUGACCUGCAGGUGGCCCUGACCUCCAUCUUGGGCAUCCUAAAGGCCGUCAAUGACUCCAUGCACCUCAUCGCCAUCACCGGAUAUGAGGGUAAUCUGAGUGACCUGGGGAAGCUGCUGAUGCAGGGGUCGUUCAGUGUGUGGACGGAGCACAAAAAAGGUCACGCCAAGGUCAAGGAUCUGGCCCGUUUCAAGCCCAUGCAGCGACACCUCUUCCUCCAUGAGAAGACCCUGCUCUUCUGCAAGAGGAGGGAGGAAAAUGGAGAGGGCUACGAGAAAGCUCCGUCGUACAGCUUCAAACAGUCUCUGAAUAUGAGCGCUGUGGGCAUCACUGAGAAUGCAAAGGGAGACAACAAGAAGUUUGAAAUCUGGUGCAACUCAAGGGAAGAGGUUUAUAUUGUUCAGGCCCCAACAACUGAAGUAAAAACCACUUGGGUGAAAGAGAUCAGGAAGGUUCUGACGACACAGCUGGAAGCGUGCAGAGCCAGCCAGCAGAGGGCGCCAGACCAGGUGGUCCAGUUCACUCCUGCAUCCAGUGGAAGUCUCAGUCCAUUCAAGAGUCAGAGGAGCUUUAAGAAGGGAGAGGAGAAGAAAGCUGAGCCCUGCAGCCCUGACGUCAACUCCUCCUCCUCACCAAAGCCCACAGGAAAAGACGAGGCUGCGACAAGCCCGACCUCAGACAGAGCUGCUGCGGCUAAAAAGCGUUUUACUUUACAAGGUUUCAGUAACCUCAAGGCUCAGAAAGGAUCCCCGACGAGCCCCGAUCACAAGACGAAACGCCAGAGUGACCCGACGCCAUUCGGCUUCAAAGGCUGGAACAAAGCUUCCCUGUCGUUGGAUGCCUCAGAGGAGAAUGAUGGAUAUUCCAGCGCAGAGGAUCCUAUUAACUCUGACCCAGAGGACGACAACGGCAAGAAGCUGAGUGCUGGGAAAUACACGGUGAUGGUCGACUACGAGAAGGGCGGCGCUCAAGAGCUCCCAGUGAAGAGUGGAGACAUGGUGCAGCUGGUCAAAGAGGGAGAUGACGGACAGUGGUUUGUUCGUAAUCUGAGCACGUCGAAGGAGGGCUGGAUCGCUGCUGCUAAUCUUAUCACCCUCAUCACAAAGUCCAAGUCCUGUCAGUCUCUCACCAGCUCGGAAGGCAGCGGCUCUGGAAACCUCAGCACGUCGUCCAGCUGCAGCGAGACCUACACAGGCCUGUCCGACAUCAAACCCUGAACUCCUCUGCACUUCCUCCGUCGCUGAACUGCAUCACGUGUCUGUGCUGUAACGCCAACAUCAGUACUCAUAAGCGUUUACUAAGGUUUCCGCAGAAACUGUAUCUUUAUCACCACAGAUCUGACUGUGGUGUCAUCAUACAGUGAAGAUACAGAAAUAUGUCACAUACAGUAAAGUCAUAGUGUCGUAUUCCUUCUGUAUACACACACACACCUGUUCAUUUUCUUUUCAAUGCAAGGUCCGUGUGGGUGUAAUGUUAUAGAUGUAUGAAUGGGCCAGCAGGACUGAUCUCAGUUAAUGCAUCUAUUAGUGUCUCGUUAAAGAUGAGUGAUUAGACGUGGAUGACUGUUGUUUACAUUCCCACUGUUACAGCUUGUUUAGUCUAAUCACCUCUAUGUCCUGCUUAUUUUUCCCUUUACGUUAUUUAUUUGUAAGAAACAAAAAUUCCCACAUACGAUUAGUACAUUUUUGAUUUACUCAAAUCUCUGUAUCUUUCUCACAUCUUUCUCUUUGACGUCGGUCCGAAACAUGCUCCGCCACCAGCCGCCUGAGCUUUUGAGUCCGAGCUCUGUUCUUUAUUUUCUCUGUGGUUUCUCAUGUUCGCUGCAGAUUAAAGAUGUUUCUCCGUGUGAAUAAUCAGAAAUCACUGUAUAGCGCUAACUUAUUCCCAGUGGAGGGAUCAUGUUCUGGAUGUAGAUAUUAAUUCAUGUGCGUCUGUCAUGAGAUGUUUGUUACUGAUGAGAUCAUAUAUUGUACAUGAAGUUCGGUGAUGUCACUACUUUGUGACGUGUCCUAAAAAAGCUUUUAUAU